AUGCCCCGCUUCCGAUUUUCUGAGUGAGGAAUGGCGGCGCCCAUGGAUUUGAGUUGCUGGGGAGGCGAUUGGGGUUUGCCGUCCGUUCACCCGGAGUCUCUCAUUGUGCUGGCUUACGCAAAAUUUUCUGGAGCUAAACUCACCGCUCAGCCAGUGGACAGGACGUGGAGGAUGCUAACAGAGACUGUGCCCACCUUGCACUGCCAGGGGUCCACAGUGACAGAACCAGCGCAGAUCCUUAACUUUCUGAGAAAACAGCGAUACAAUGCAGACUACGAGCUCUCAGCCAGGCAAGGAGCAGAUACCAUGGCAUACAUGGCGCUGUUGGAGGAGAAACUGAGACCAGCUUUGCUGCACGCCUUCUGGGUGGAUGCAGAGAACUAUGCCAACGUGACCAAGCCCUGGUUCUCCUCACGGUGCCCAUUCCCCCUCAAUUUUUUUGUUCCGGGUCGACAAGCCAGCACAGCUCUCUCGCUGAUCCUCUUGACCAAGGGGGAAUCUCCACUGAACAGCAUUGCAGAGGUGGAGGCAAAGAUCUACAAGGAAGCCAAAGAGUGCCUGAACCUGCUUUCAUACAGAUUGGGGUCUUCCCUGUUCUUCUUCGGAAACACAGCUGCCAGCCUUGAUGCCUUUGUGUUUGGCUACAUCGCUCCUCUCCUCAAAGCCAACCUACCCAGCAGUCAGCUACAGCAGCAUCUCAAGCAGCUCACCAAUCUGUGCCACUUCUGCGACACCAUCCUCAAGACAUACUUUGAUGUCAAUGCCCCAGGGUGUCUUCCUGUCUUCUCUCCUUCCUCUCCACCUUCUCCAGGUUCCCUUUCCAUCAGACAGGAUGCAGUUGACGCAAACCUGCAGAAACUGACACAGCUUGUUAACAAAGAGUCCAACCUCAUUGAGAAGAUGGAUGACAAUCUCCGCAGCAGCCCCCAGCACAGGCCUCGCGGCCCCCCCUCUAAACCAUCCUCCCUGCCCAGCGAAAAGAACUCCACACCAGCGUGACCCUGGCCUCUCAUUAACCUCACCACAAGGGUCUUCUGAGAAGUGACUAAGUCUGGGUAGCACUCCAAGCCACUAUUAUGCUCCUUAUCCCUCUUCCAACCAAUGGCCCACCUAACCCAGUCUUGGGUCUUUCACACCCAUGCACCCCCCUGUAACAACUCUGAUCUCAGGGGCACUUGUGACUAGCAGAGGACUUGUCUUGAUGAGGAGCUUUUGAAUGUCACCUGGCACACAUAAAAAGGGCAGGUAUGUGCGUUUAGGGACUUUGUUUCGCUCAUGCUGUUCAGUAGCUGACUGCUUUGGAAAUCAUGAUUUUGCUUUUUUUUAGGUGGCGGACUGCAUGGGCUCAAUGUAAUAUGUGCUGAACAUUAUGCACUUAAUCAUAUAGGCUGAAGUGGGCAAUUGGCCAGUUAGAGGAAUCUUUUGGAUUCUUGUUACGGUUCAAAUUAAAAUAAGAAUUCAGGGGGUUCCUUCAAAAUGAAGUGACAAACAUCAGAAAGGAAUGGGUCAUUUUGAGAUGUAUACAUUCGUUAAAAAUAAUUACUCAAACUAAUUUGCUUGGUCUUCCUUUUUCAGGGCUCCAUCAGGAAAUCAGUGUUUUUUUUUUUUUUUUUUUUUCAAGAUGAAAAAUAUAUUUCGGUAUUGUGUGUUGUCCACCCACUUGCAUAGAAUGGUCAUAUGUGUGUAUAUAUACUUUUCCUAUUAAGAGUUCUGAGUCAUAAUGUAACUGAAUUUAAAACAUUCUUGUUUUGGAUUUUUGUAGUUGGUAAUAAAAUUUGCACAACAUGUAAAAAUGUAUUCUAUUGAGUAGACUGCAUUUUUACCAUAAGCUAUAGGCUAAAUUGCUAACGUGAAAUACAUAUCAGCACUGUAUUUAACUAGUACUGUACAUUUAUGGAUUUAUUGGUUCUGUUUUAAGGUUCUUCAUAGGUAAAGGUCCAUUGUUU